AUGUGCACCAGAGAUGCCAAAGAUAAAAAGAGCCCCCCAGAAUUCACCCCGGGGAGCUGUGCUGUGCAGAGCCCCCCAGAAUUCACCCCGGGGAGCUGUGCUGUGCAGAGCCCCCCAGAAUUCACCCCGGGGAGCUGUGCUGUGCAGAGCCCCCCAGAAUUCACCCCGGGGAGCUGUGCUGUGCAGAGCCCCCCAGAAUUCACCCCGGGGAGCUGUGCUGUGCAGAGCCCCCCAGAAUUCACCCCGGGGAGCUGUGCUGUGCAGAGCCCCCCAGAAUUCACCCCGGGGAGCUGUGCUGUGCAGAGCCCCCCAGAAUUCACCCCGGGGAGCUGUGCUGUGCAGAGCCCCCCAGAAUUCACCCCGGGGAGCUGUGCUGUGCAGAGCCCCCCAGAAUUCACCCCGGGGAGCUGUGCUGUGCAGAGCCCCCCAGAAUUCACCCCGGGGAGCUGUGCUGUGCAGAGCCCCCCAGAAUUCACCCCGGGGAGCUGUGCUGUGCAGAGCCCCCCAGAAUUCACCCCGGGGAGCUGUGCUGUGCAGAGCCCCCCAGAAUUCACCCCGGGGAGCUGUGCUGUGCAGAGCCCCCCAGAAUUCACCCCGGGGAGCUGUGCUGUGCAGAGCCCCCCAGAAUUCACCCCGGGGAGCUGUGCUGUGCAGAGCCCCCCAGAAUUCACCCCGGGGAGCUGUGCUGUGCAGAGCCCCCCAGAAUUCACCCCGGGGAGCUGUGCUGUGCAGAGCCCCCCAGAAUUCACCCCGGGGAGCUGUGCUGUGCAGAGCCCCCCAGAAUUCACCCCGGGGAGCUGUGCUGUGCAGAGCCCCUCAAAAUUCACCCCGGGGAGCUGUGCUGUGCAGAGCCCCCCAGAAUUCACCCCGGGGAGCUGUGCUGUGCAGAGCCCCCCAGAAUUCACCCCGGGGAGCUGUGCUGUGCAGAGCCCCCCAGAAUUCACCCCGGGGAGCUGUGCUGUGCAGAGCCCCCCAGAAUUCACCCCGGGGAGCUGUGCUGUGCAGAGCCCCCCAGAAUUCACCCCGGGGAGCUGUGCUGUGCAGAGCCCCCCAGAAUUCACCCCGGGGAGCUGUGCUGUGCAGAGCCCCCCAGAAUUCACCCCGGGGAGCUGUGCUGUGCAGAGCCCCCCAGAAUUCACCCCGGGGAGCUGUGCUGUGCAGAGCCCCCCAGAAUUCACCCCGGGGAGCUGUGCUGUGCAGAGCCCCCCAGAAUUCACCCCGGGGAGCUGUGCUGUGCAGAGCCCCCCAGAAUUCACCCCGGGGAGCUGUGCUGUGCAGAGCCCCCCAGAAUUCACCCCGGGGAGCUGUGCUGUGCAGAGCCCCCCAGAAUUCACCCCGGGGAGCUGUGCUGUGCAGAGCCCCCCAGAAUUCACCCCGGGGAGCUGUGCUGUGCAGAGCCCCCCAGAAUUCACCCCGGGGAGCUGUGCUGUGCAGAGCCCCCCAGAAUUCACCCCGGGGAGCUGUGCUGUGCAGAGCCCCCCAGAAUUCACCCCGGGGAGCUGUGCUGUGCAGAGCCCCCCAGAAUUCACCCCGGGGAGCUGUGCUGUGCAGAGCCCCCCAGAAUUCACCCCGGGGAGCUGUGCUGUGCAGAGCCCCCCAGAAUUCACCCCGGGGAGCUGUGCUGUGCAGAGCCCCCCAGAAUUCACCCCGGGGAGCUGUGCUGUGCAGAGCCCCCCAGAAUUCACCCCGGGGAGCUGUGCUGUGCAGAGCCCCCCAGAAUUCACCCCGGGGAGCUGUGCUGUGCAGAGCCCCCCAGAAUUCACCCCGGGGAGCUGUGCUGUGCAGAGCCCCCCAGAAUUCACCCCGGGGAGCUGUGCUGUGCAGAGCCCCCCAGAAUUCACCCCGGGGAGCUGUGCUGUGCAGAGCCACCGGCACCCGGCUGCCCUGCGCUGGCACUGGUGCCAUGGGAGCAAACAGAGGGUGCAGCUGUGCCCAAGGCAGGGGAAAUGA